UUAAAAUCCACACAGAAAAGGACCUAACAUUUUCCUAUUACAGCCUCCAGCCCUUCUGGAAAUGUCUUUAAAGACGAAAGGCUAAUAACAGAGGAGGAAGCUGAGGAUAUUAUUUAGGUAAAUAAAACUCCCUCAGGCAAAGACUACAACUCCCAUGCUCCUUUGCCAGACCUUAAAUUCCCAGCCUCCUCUGCGACCCAACGUGGGUCAACAGAAGAAGAAGUGCCACUUGGCAAAAUCUCAUUGGGGUCUCUUUCCUGGUGUCUGGAUUGUGCAACACAAAGACCAAACUGAGGGAGACAGAGGAGACUGGUUGCAUUUUAAAGGGCAUCCAUGUAAGGGGUUUUGUGUCUUAAAUCAAUACUGGUAACAUCUGCCUUUUCUUACUCUUUUUUGAGAAUGUGCAUUUUGAGAAUAUGCAGUUCAAUCCUGCUUCAGACAUGACCGAUUUGGGAGAACGAGUGCUCUGCACAGAAAGUUACGGCUCUCGCAGGACUCAGCGCUACCAGUUGUUGCCUGGUGGGACUCUUAGCUGUGUCCCAGACAGACCUGGAGAUGGGGGCUAUCGUUCACUGUGGGAUUUCUUCAUGGCAGUUUUCCUGCCUCAAGGUUAUCCUGAAAGUGUGAGUCCAGAUUACCUUGCAUACCAGAUUUGGGACACCGUUCAGGCCUUUGCUAGUAGUAUCACGGGGACACUGGCCACCCAGGCUGUGCUGAAGGGGGUGGGAGUCGGGGACGAGACUUCAACUGUUACAGCUGCCACUGUCACUUGGAUACUCAAAGAUGGGACAGGCAUGCUGGGCCGAAUUUUCUUUGCUUGGAGUAAGGGGAGCAAACUGGAUUGUGAUGCUAAGCAGUGGAGACUAUUUGCAGAUAUACUCAAUGAUGUGGCCAUCUUAAUGGAGAUCCUGGCACCAGCAUUUCCAGCAUGCUUUACUUUCAUUGUGUGCAUCAGUGGCUUCUUCAAGUGUAUUGUGGGAGUUGCUGGAGGUGCCACCCGGGCAGCCCUGACCAUGCACCAGGCCCGACGGGACAACAUGGCAGAUGUUUCAGCCAAAGAUGGAAGCCAGGAGACACUAGUGAACUUAGCUGGCCUACUUGUCAGCCUCCUCCUCAUUCCUCUUGUAGCUGACAAUCUUUGCCUCACCUACUCCCUCUAUGGCCUCUUCACCAUUUUGCAUCUCUAUGCCAACUAUCGAGCUGUGAGAGCUGUGUGCAUGGAGACCCUUAACCGUGCACGGCUCUGCUUGGUCUUGCGGCAUUUCUUACAGCAAGGGAAAGUACUGGGCCCAGAUGUUGCCAACCCUCAAGAGCCUCUGCUGCUAGGGUUCAGGCACCAACUCAAGAUGUCUCUUGGAGCUCCACUUCACACAGUAACUUCCAGUGUUGCUGAAUUCCAGAGAGCUCUUGAGGAGAAUUCUACAAAUUACUUAAUCUUCUUCAACCAAGCAGCAGGGACUGUGUCUGUUGUCCUUCACCAACAGGCAUGUAGUGUGGAUGUGAUUAAAGCCUGCACCCAUGCCUUUCUCCUGGAGGCCCUGAUGUACUGGGAUGUAACCUCGUGUGUCUUGGAAAAAGAGUCUCUCUUGACUGUGCAACAGCAGCUAUGUGAAGAAUCAAAGAACAAGGGCUGUUCUGUUGUUUCUGAAACUCGUAGGAUACUGGACAGGAUAUUCCCCAGAUUUCUGACAGGAUUGACAGCUGCAGGAUGGGUGACAGAACGGAACCUUCUGGGCCCUGAGGAGUGGCGUGUGGAUUGGACCAUUUCUGGGAAGAAAACAUUUUAACUCUGGGAGAUUACUCAGUAUUGGCUGAUUAACAAUAUGACUUCUUCAGACCUAGAAUGGAUUGCUGACACAGGGAUGUCAGCAGCUAGAGCCUACUGGGCCUGUCCACCCCUCUUAAGAGACAGGUAAAACUGUUCUGCCAAAAGGGAAGAAAGGUGCAGACAGUGUACCUGCUCCCUCUUUCCCAAAGUACUUGGUUUGGAAAUGGGGGCAGAAAAGUGAGCAUUUUAUAUAGGUUUGACAUGAGGUCUUUUCUUAUUUUCUUUAAGGAGGAUUAAUAUUAUAUAAAUAUUAAAUACCAGUAUUAUUACUGUACUGAUAAUUUCCAAGUGUAUUUAUCUAGGCCUGUCCUAGUUAAGGCUGAUUUGUUCCCUGACCCCCAAGGAAUGUAUUCCAUGUGUGACAGAAUGUUUCAAAAUUCCAUCAACGCAGAGUGAGUUGCCUAUAUUUAUAUACAGAAUAGAAGAGAGUGUUCUGUUCCUGCCUGGUGCCUGUAGUUCAAUUUGUAUAAAAACACUGGCUUUUCCCCCCA